AUGACCGAGAAAAACUCAAUCGGAAGAUGGUUCAGCGGGGUGAAGAUUUCGAUUCUCUCGCCUUUUACGAGAAACCACGGAAACGUGCAAGUAGUCGAGAAGAGCGAAGGAGAGGAGGCGCCGGUCGAAGAACCGCCACGUGUCCCAAAGAUCGGCUGGACGGAUCGCGCCAAGUCCAUUGCGGGCAAUACGGUGAUCGGAGUGGACGAGAAAAUGGAGCCGAUCCGGAAAAGUGGACAUCUCGGUAUGCGAGUCAAUUUUGAGUGGAUGUACAUUUUGAAAAGUUUCAGAAAGACUUUUUCCGAUAUAUCAAGGGGAAGAUAUGAUAGCGAUGAUUCGUUUCCAGUCGAUCACAAAGAGCUUGGGAGAUGUAAGUGGUCUAUAAUCUUACAGUCAACAUUUGUCAUUCAGACCGUUCAUAUACUAUUUUCCGUUUUCCAGGAAGUGACCAAGCUAGAAACGAAAAGAAAUUCUCCUACCAACAGCAGCGAAGAGACUACUUCAGCCGAUUCCGAUCAAUCCGAGCUCUUCGAAAUGAAUCUGAAGAAGACCAAAGUGGCUCUUCACGUGUCCACCUCCGCUCUGGCCCUCAGCGACAUACAAUCCGCCUUCAGCCACCUGAUCCCUAAGCUCCCAUUCAUUGGUGAAGAGCUGAAUGAAAUCGACCAAAUGUUCCUCUUCGCACUGCGUGUCUGCAAUCCAAAUGCGGGAGACGUCCUGCCUGAAGACAUCGCUCGCAUCCGAUCCCUGCUCAGCAAGUCGGAGACAAUUCUGUCUUACACAAGAGACCAUCUGUGGAUGGUGGUGAGUGUAAUUACUAGUAAAAACUGGACUGAUGCUAUCAAUUUCUUUUUCAGGAAGACGCGAUAAAAACACUGGAGAAGCGUCUCGGCGACGCACGUGAUGCAUUGGACAGUCUCGAAUUGGGAAUCUGA